AGAAAGAGUAUGACCAUGCAGUGUUGCCAGUCGGAUGAGGCAAGAGAACAAAAACGAAUAAAUGCAGAAAUUGAAAAACAACUUCGUCGUGACAAAAGAGAUGCCCGACGAGAACUUAAACUUUUACUACUUGGGACUGGAGAGUCCGGAAAGUCCACGUUCAUCAAACAGAUGCGAAUCAUCCAUGGAGCCGGUUACUCAGACGAGGACAAACGCGGCUUCAUCAAACUGGUUUACCAGAACAUCUUCAUGGCCAUGCAGAGUAUGAUCAAGGCCAUGGAUCUUCUGAAGAUCUGUUACGCUGAGUCUUCCAGUCAAGAUAAAGCUGAAUUAAUUAAGGAGAUAGACUAUGAAACAGUAACAACAUUUGAACCACCAUAUGUACAAGCAAUCAAGGAUCUUUGGGCCGAUGCUGGUAUUCAAGAAUGCUACGAUCGACGCAGAGAAUACCAGCUCACCGAUUCUGCCAAAUACUACCUGAUGGAAAUUGACCGGGUAGCCGCCAGAGAUUACCUGCCUACAGAGCAGGACAUUCUUCGUGUAAGAGUGCCCACGACAGGCAUUAUAGAAUAUCCCUUCGACCUUGACGAGAUCAGGUUUAGAAUGGUAGAUGUAGGAGGACAGAGAUCAGAAAGAAGAAAAUGGAUCCACUGUUUUGAAAAUGUAACAUCCAUCAUAUUUCUAGUAGCUUUAAGUGAAUACGAUCAGAUUCUUUUCGAAUCGGAAAAUGAGAAUCGUAUGGAAGAAUCGAAAGCUCUAUUCAAAACGAUUAUUACGUAUCCAUGGUUUCAACACUCAUCAGUCAUAUUAUUUUUGAAUAAGAAAGAUCUACUGGAAGAAAAAAUAAUGUAUUCUCAUUUAGUAGAUUAUUUUCCUGAAUACGACGGUGCACAAAGAGAUGCAAUAGCAGCUAGGGAGUUUAUUCUCAGGAUGUUCGUUGACCUCAACCCCGACACUGAAAAAAUUAUAUACUCACAUUUUACUUGUGCCACAGAUACUGAAAACAUUAAGUUUGUAUUUGCGGCAGUGAAAGAUACCAUACUGCAAUCCAAUCUACGCGAAUAUAACUUGGUUUAGACAACAAAGUCAGAGAUUUGUAUUUUUGUGAUACAGGUUUGGAUGGACCUUCAAUUUGUGAUGUUACUCUAUUUUACUGUUGAUAAAAUCCUUUUGUGUCCAGAAUUGUGCGCUUAGCUUUAGCGGCUGCGUUGGAAAAAAUCUAGUGCCAUUUUACUAGGAAAAUGAGAUGUGUCCGAUAUUGAAGCCAAAGUGUUUUUAAACAGUGCAAAAAGCAUUAAGACUAUGAUUCAUUAUAUAAAUAGUAUUGUUAUAUAUAUAAUAUAUUAAAUUAAUGUAGAAAUAUGUAGACUGUAAGAACUAAAAUUUCUCUUCGGUUUAUACCAGGUGUCCUUGAGCUACUAAAAAAAGGCUUUAUCUAGAAAAAUGGAAAUAAGAAUGAUAAAAAUCAUAACUCCCAGCUAAGAUCUGAAAUGAAGCCCUAUUAUUUAUAUUGUGAUGUUAUUCUAAUGGUAAUAUAUAUCUCCUCUUAAUCAUUUGGUUGUUUUUCGUCUUUGUUUAAUUUGAUGUUUUUUUUUGAGGGGUUAGUUCACACAUUGAGUUAUCAAUUUAUUUAACAUUUAUUUCUUUUUGUUCAGUAUUCAGGAAAAAGCAGUAUGAGUUGGCUAUAUACUUCUUAACAUAUGGACUAUUAUUUAGCAUAAAGAUGAGUAAUUCUGUUUUGUUGAAGAUUAAUAACGACUUGUAUACAAAAUAUAGGUUAAAAUAUAAUGUGAGAUAUACAUAAGUUUCAAAGUCUAUAGCUUUCUUGAAUUCUUUUUUUCUGAAUGCUUUUUAUAUGUAAGUUAAUCAAAAUAUUGGAGCAAAAUGAUAAUGAAAUCCGCUCUAUGUCUUUAUCAUGGUGAGCUAUCGUUAGGUGGUGAAAGUAUUUAUUAAUGAUUUUUUAUUUUUGUAUAUAUUGGUGACUAUCUUUGACUGCAGAUUUUCUAGAUAAUGACCUUGAAAAAGUAGACUGGCCGAUUUUGGAUUAACUUGGUCAAGAAUGUAGUUGGCUAAGCCAAAUUAUUUGAUGUUGUCUCUUCCUAUAAUGAAUUUGUUUACAAAAAUGAAUGUGAGAAAAUUGCAUUUUUUGUAUUUCAUUUGUUUUGAUGUAAGACAUUAAUAUAUUUUUAUUAAUAUUAA